AAUAUCCCCUUCAAAUAGUAAAUUAAAUUUAAUACAACCAACGACCAACUUUUGUAAAAUCAUUAACCAAAAUAACGCUAUAUGCAACGUCUUCAACACUAUCACGUUAGCGCCUACGCGUCUUUUAAUUCGUUGCUUCGCGCAAUGUCACGACAUCGUAUCCGACGUUAAAAAUAACGACCGUUUAUUAAAACAGUCAUUCUUGUAACAAACGGCUUCGCGUAUCUAUCGCCCAUAUCUUUUAUAAUGUAUUCUUCAAAAUCAAUUAUUAAUUCACAACCUGAAGAAGUUUGGGCCGAAUUAAACUCAAGAUUUAUUAAUCAUGACGUCAAGUAUGAAAACGUGCUAUCCGAACAAUUGUUUACAUAUCUUAACAAUAAAGCAACAGCUGCAGGUACAAACAUUGGAUAUGUUCUUGCUUCCGUAAUAACUACAGCUAAUUACUUGACCUCUAAAAAUCACGGUUCGAUUGAAAUAAGAAAUGGUUAUAGCAUUAACCUUAACACAUUUUUCUUGUUUGUUGGACAGCCGUCUACAGGAAAGUCGCCCGCUAUUAAGAUGGCAGUUAAUCAACCAUUAAAGGCUAUUCAAGAAGAUACAGACAUUAUAUCUAACACCACCACAUCUGGCUUGACAAAGUGCCUCUGUACAAGAAAAUGUACAUACAUUGUUAAUGCCGAAAUACAAGAGUACUUGUACAAAAUAUUGAAAAAAAACGAUGAGAAUUACACUGGGGAUAUGGAGAUUCUAUCGAAGAUUUUUAGUGGAGAAAAUGUGUCUAUUCAAUUCAGUACUGAAAAUAACAGAUAUAUACCUGAAAAUUGCGCAUUGUGCAUAUUAGGUGCUACACAAAUAAAAAGCAUGGCUUUUAUUUUGUCUUUAAUGGAUAAAGGUAAUGGAUUUUUGGACCGAUUUUUAAUUAUAACACCUCGUUCAUACCGUCCGAUGCCCAAGGAACAACAAAUCGCCCAACAAUCCUCAACAACCAUCGAUAUCAAGGAUAUUUAUGCCAACUAUGUACACAUAGAUAAUACAAUAUUCUAUUUUGACGAAAAUGCGUUAAAAUUGUACGACAACAUGGAGACACAGUUUUUGACCGAUCUAAACAACGAUCUUUUGCACGGCAGACCAACCAGCAAGUCUAAAAAACCAGAGUUAAUUCCAAAAGUUGCUGUCGCUCUACACACAGUGGAAUACUUUUAUAAUGCCCUUUUUAAUGAAGUUGAAUUUACAUGUCUACCAGAAGCUAUUUCCUUGCAAACAUUGGAACGUGCCAUAAUGUAUGUUGAAUCAAUUGAUGAACAGAAAGAAUUAUUUUACACAUAUAUCACAGAAUUGGUUAGUACCAGCAAAACACCAUCAGUUAAACGUGCCCCAACUUCUGAUGAAUAUAAAAAAGCUGUUUUAAUGACACCGGGUGCCUUCGUCACAUACAGAUCCUUCAAACAAAGUACAUCAAAAAGAUUUCGCGGUUUACUAUCCCAAGAAUUUGUUAAGUUUCUAGAAAACUUUGUUAACAAAGACAUUGGUCGUUUGGUUAGUGUAAGAGCAGUUGGGUCGUCAAAAUCAUCAAAAGUAUUCGUUAAAAAAGAAUUUAGGGACUUGCCAUCCGAAAUAAAAAAUUGGUUACAAGAAAGUGAAUAUGAAACAAAAAGGCUCGCCAAACAUCCUGUUUGUAUUACGGAUAGGAUUAUCGAGUCUAUUAAUCUUGAAAUUCAUUAGCAAAAAAUUUUCAAA